GUCAGUAUAAAUUUGAUGCUUGUAACAUGCGUUGCUCUCCGAAAUAUUUGACAAAUAGUCUGUCUAUCUGUCGACUUUUUCAAAAUAUACAUCGUAAUGUGAUUUUCGAAGAAUCAAUACAGUGGGAAACGGCUAUGAGGGUUAGCUGAAGUGAAGCAGUUAAAUAAGUAAUAUAUUGAAAUCGGGAAUUUACUGGUGUUUACCGUUAAACAUUAUUUGCAAAUAUGACAUCAAGGUUGGACAGACUAUUCAUAUUAUUGGAAACUGGAACAAAUGCGGUCACUAAAAGGGCUGCAGCACAACAAUUAGGAGAAGCACAAAGAUUACAUCCUCAUGAUCUACAUCAUUUGUUAGCAAGAGUCUCGACUCUCUUAAAAUCCCCACAAUGGGAUACCAGAGUUUCAGCUGCACAAGCUGUGCAGGCUAUACUUGCCCAAGUUCCUGCUUGGGAUCCGCAAUCAAUUAAAAAAGAAACAUGUACAAGUGAUGGGGAAGCGAAGAGACCCAGUAAUAAAUUAAAUUUGGAAGAUUUUAAUAUGGAAAAAGUCUUAGCUCGCAGUUCGCAUCUUACUGGAUCGGAAGGUAGUGAAUACGAUUUAAUCGCUACCGAUGGAGAGCAAAUGUCACUUCCUAAUCAAGAAGAAAAACUUAUCGCUGCUAAAUUGGGUCUACAUCCACGAUUAAUGGGAGUUGAUACAUCAGAGUUGUUUACCGCUGAAGAUCUAACCCCAGUAGUAUUACCACCUACCUCGAAUGCACAGAAUAAAGUAUCUGUGAAUGAAACGCUAAAACAACCAGGUGGACUUAGUAGACGUGAAAUGAAUAGAGCCAGACGUAAGGCACGACAGUCAGUUUCGAAACAACGUUCACGAGAACCAGAUGAUCAUCGUAGCAACGAAGAUUAUCAUAACAAUUCAAAUGCUCAAUCUCCUAUUAAUACAGGAGAACCAUUCAAUAAGAAAAUAAAAUUAGAGGAAGUGAUCUCAUCAGAAAUCGGUGUUACUUGCAGUGCACAGAAUGAAUCAACCAAUAGUGUACCAGAUAGUACUGGUUGCUGGCCAGAUUCUGUAAUAGACUGGCCAUUAGAGUCAUUUGCCGAAAACCUUUGUCAAGAUUUAUUUAGUCAAAAAUGGGAAAUACGUCAUGGAGCUGCAACUGCUUUACGAGAACUCGUAAAACUUCAUGGAAAAGGUGCUGGUAAAUCAAGGGAUCAGACAGCGGAUCAGAUGGAAGAAAAUCAUCAUCAAUGGAUUAUCGAUGCUGCUUUACGAUUAUUAUGCGUCUUGGGAUUAGAUAGAUUUGGAGAUUUUGUUUCUGAUCAAGUUGUUGCACCCGUACGGGAAACAUGUGCUCAGGCACUAGGUUCUCUUUUAUUACUAGUGCCAAAUCAAAAGGACGAUAAAAAUGAAAAUAAGGGUAUCAUAGGAAUACUGUCGGUUAUGCUGAAGCUUUUAGAACACGACGAAUGGGAAGCAAGGCACGGUGCAUUACUUGCACUGAAAUAUUUACUUGCUGUACGAGAUGAUCUAUUGGAUGAUAUUCUACCAAGAGUAUUUCCAGCCAUCAUGCAAGGUCUUUCUGACCCUGUCGACGAUGUAGGUGCUGCUGCAGCUAGUGCGCUUAUACCCGUGGCAUCCGCCCUUCCACGUUUAUUGAAACCAUCCGAAUUAGAGGCUAUCGUAAUUCGUCUUUGGGAGCUUCUACGCGAACAAGAUGAUCUAGCAGCAGCAUGUAACAGUUUCAUGGGAUUGCUCGCUGCUAUACUUUCAUUACCUACAGCACGCACUUGCAUUACACCUCAGCCAUUAUCCCAGGUUUUACCACGAUUAUGGCCAUUCCUUAGUCAUUCUAGUUCGAGCGUGCGAAAAGCUACACUGCAAACGUUACAAACAUUGACCGGAGAAGACGGUGCUCAUAACGAAAAUAAAAGGGAACGAUGGGGUGACGGAGGCGGAUUGGUGUUACAGGAAGCUCUUCGGCACGUUUUUCAGCGCGUACUGAUCGAACAUGUAACUGCCAUACAAGACGUAGCUGAACGUGUUUGGGAUAAUCUAGUCGUACAGAGCGAUCUCGAACUAUUAUUGCACGCGGCGUGUCCUCUCGUUAGCACGUGGCUCUGCCUCGCUAUGCAACCCGAACACGUGCCAUUUAAUCCGAACUUAUUAAUGACAAUAAGUACUCUUAACAAGGGGAUAAAAAAUAAUCAAAUUAUCGAUAUUUGCGACGGACAAUCAGACACUAGUAACAACGGUGGUAACAAUACCGUAACCGGAAACGUAAAGUCAGUGUCCGAAUUGAAAGUUUAUAUAGGUGGUAUCGAAACCGUAGCUCAAAGUAUAAGGAAAUUAAACGUGGUACAGGCUCGUUGUAGAGCUUCACGAAUGUUAGGAUUGUUAUCGCAUUACGUAGUACAACCAGCUCCAGGUGUUACUUACACACCUGAUAUACCUAGUCCUGCAAUUUGUUACGCUAAAGUAUUACUGGCACAUCUUAACUCGCGAUCAGCACUGCAACGCACCGUUGCGGGCUUAACGAUGUCUCAUUGGGCGACCAUAAAUGAUAUGAAACCACCUGCGAUACCGGACAUUCUAAGGGACAGACUAUUGGGGUGUUUAAAUGAAUGCGUAUAUUAUGACGAAAUAGCCGCAUCUUUCACUCGUCUCUUACACGACAGCCGUGAUUACAUUGCUACUCUCAAGCAUUAUAAAUUACCUGUUCCUAUUGAAACAGAUGCGUCAGGUGUAAUGACGCUUGAUCAAAUUGCGAGCCUUGCUGGGAAACCAAUUUCAGAGCUUUGUGCCAUAAGCAAUGCCACGGGUUCCGGAGGGCCGGCUGGAAACAUUAGCGGCAAUACCAGUACGGUUAAACUAAAGCCGAAAUUGAUUGAAAGUUUAGAAGAAAGACGAAAAGCGUUAGAAGUAGGCGCUGCUGACACAGCGGCGCAACAGCUUUCUUACAAUGUUAUGUCGAUGGCAGCAUUAGCUGGUGCUGCUACCAUGUUACAUUGUCUUCCCCAGACUCCGCAACCUCUUAACCCAUUAGUGAAACCACUAAUGGAGGCUAUAAAGCGGGAAGAAAACGAAGAACUACAAAAGCUAGCUGCAAAGCAUUUGUCAUACCUAGUUGAUCUUUGUGUAAAUAGAAAACCUUCGCCUAACGCAAAGAUAUCGACCAAUUUAUGUACAUUCCUAUGCUCGGAUAUUGAAUUUACACCUCGUGUGAAUUGUAAUACGGACCCAGAUCUAUUUGAUGGAAUUCUUACUUUAAGCAAUAGACAAAAACAUGCUGAAAGAGUAGCUUAUAAUCGAGGAGCGAACAGUGGACUCGGCGGAGGAAGAGGACCUGGUCGGCCACCGACGACUGAAAUUCCAUUAGAGGAAUUACUUGCUUGCGAAGAGCCUGAAGCCAAAGCUGCGAGAACACGUCGUCGUGGUGCCACUUUUGCACUUACCGCUAUAGCUACUCUUUUUGGCGUACAAUUACCUACACGUUUGCCACAUCUUUGGGAACUAAUAUUACCAAGUAUAUUACGGGAAGAAGAUAAAAUCACCGGCGGUAAAAAUACUCAAGAAGAAGUAAAUCAGCUAAUUUUCGCUUUACAAGUUCUAGAAAUUAUGGCUCCGAGCCUCGACAAAGCUUUACUACCUCCUGCCCUAGAAUGUCUUUCUUGUUUGUGUAAAUUGUUGGCCCAUCCGUAUAAAGCUGUUAGACAUAUGGCUUCACGAUGUAUCGCUGUAUUAGCUACAUUAGACACAGAAAAGGUAGUAGUACAUAUUACACGUAGCGUAAUACCGUUAUUAGAAGCUACCGGUGGAGAAAAAGUGUAUUCGACGACUGUCACUGCGCCAAGUGAAGUAGAUUCUAUAAGACAAGGUGCAGCUGAAGCAUUAACGUGUCUUGUAGAAAAUUUAGGUGUUAAUAUUGUUCCCUAUGCUGUAUUGUUCAUGGUACCUUUACUUGGACGUAUGAGUGAUCAGAAUCAGGCUGUAAGAUUAGCCUGCAGCGCAACAUUUGCAACGCUUGUCCAACUUUUACCUCUUGAUCCUGGUGCAAUUGCUAAUUUACCGGAUUUGGUAGAGAAGAAGGCACAAGAACGGCGGUUUUUAGAACAGCUUUUAAACCCACGCAGUAUUCCAGAUACUGAAUUACCAAUUCCUGUAGCUGCUGAAUUGCGUUCUUAUCAGCGUCAAGGCUUAAACUGGUUAAAUUUUCUAAACCGUUAUCGACUCCACGGUGUUCUGUGCGACGAUAUGGGUCUUGGAAAAACCUUACAAACCCUAUGUAUAUUAGCAUUAGAUCACCAUCGUAAUCCACAUGCUCCACCAAGCUUGGUAGUGUGCCCACCGACUCUGACUGGUCAUUGGGUGUACGAAGCGGACAAAUUUUUCAAAACCAAAGAUCUUUCGGUAUUACAAUACGCCGGCACGCCGCCCGAACGUGAAAAAUUACGUCCAAAAGUUACUUAUCACAAACUCGUUGUGGCAAGUUACGACAUAGUACGUAAGGACAUUGAAUAUUUCGAGACUCGUCAAUGGAAUUAUUGUGUGCUCGAUGAAGGUCACGUUAUAAAAAAUGGAAAAACGAAAAGCGCAAAAGCGACGAAACGAUUACACGCCAAUCAUAGACUUAUACUCUCAGGAACACCGGUGCAGAACGACGUACUUGAAUUGUGGUCUCUGUUCGACUUUUUAAUGCCUGGCUUUUUGGGCACUGAAAAACAAUUUGCGGCCAAGUACUCGCGUCCUAUCCUAGCUUGUAGAGAACCGAAAGCUGGGCCAAAAGAACAAGAAGGAGGAGCUCUGGCCAUGGAAGCGCUUCAUAGACAGGUUUUGCCAUUUUUACUCAGGCGAAAUAAAGAGGAUGUCCUUCAAGAUCUACCGCCUAAAAUCACGCAAGACUACUAUUGCGAUUUGUCACCGUUACAACGAACACUCUACGAAGAUUUUCGUACUCGACAUUCUGCUACUCUCUUAUCUUCUACGUCGUGUACUUCAUCCGCGAGUGAUCCUCACGGUGGCCACGUGUUCGAAGCAUUGCGUUAUCUACGCAACGUCUGUAAUCAUCCAAAAUUAGUACUGAAUCCACGACAUCCGUUGUAUCAAAACAUAUGCAAUACAUUGAAGCAGCAGAAGAGUACUUUGGCUGAUAUAGAUCAUGGAGCUAAAUUACCUGCAUUGAAACAAUUGUUGUUAGACUGUGGUAUUGGGCAACCGCAACAACAACAAAGCCGGUGUAAUUCAGUGGCCACUGGCGCUACUCAAGAUAAUCAGCCACCGCAACAGCAACAAUUAGUGAGCCAACACCGAGCAUUGAUCUUUUGUCAAUUGAAAGCAAUGCUGGAUAUCGUAGAGAAAGAUCUGUUGCGUACACAUUUACCAACAGUUACGUAUCUCCGGCUUGAUGGAAGUAUACCUGCAACGCAAAGGCAUUCCGUGGUGGCGCGUUUUAACGCUGAUCCAUCGAUAGAUGUACUUUUGUUAACGACCCAAGUCGGUGGUCUUGGAUUGAAUCUGACCGGUGCAGAUACUGUUAUAUUCGUGGAACACGAUUGGAAUCCCAUGAAAGAUCUUCAGGCGAUGGAUCGAGCGCAUCGUAUUGGACAGAAGAAAGUGGUUAACGUGUAUAGGUUAAUCACAAGAUCAACGGUGGAAGAGAAAAUUAUGGGACUUCAGAAAUUCAAGCUUCUUACUGCAAAUACUGUAAUUUCUACUGAAAACGCAUCUUUGGAAACGAUGGCAACUGAUCAGUUGCUAGAUUUGUUUUCUUUGGAAAAUAAUAAAGGAAAAAGGUCAGACACGCAAGAGGAUACCGUGUCUAAAAUUAGCAAUGUCCCAGGCGUGAGUCGUUCCGUUCUAGAAAUUCUUCCUGAAUUGUGGGAACAACAACAAUACGACGACGAAUACGACUUCGAUUCAUUUCUUUCCACUCUAAAGUCUGAUAACCAGUGAGCUUAUCGUUUUGCACAUCAGUAUCACCAGAUGCAUAAGAAUUUAGUGAAAUUAAUGUAUAUGUAAAAACUGAUUACGUUAUUAGACGAAGGUAUCGAAAUCAGAGCUGAUAAAGGAAACGGUUGAUUCUCUUAAUUUCAAGGACUGAAAGUAACAAACAUUCUUUUAAUUAGAAAUGAAGAAAAGAUAUACGAAUUAUAAAAGAAAAAAAAAACACUCAGAUAAAUAAGUUAUGGAUAAUAUUAAUUAUGUACUAUAAGUAAGCGAGUCUUGUUUAUUUAUAAUAACUUAUAAAAAUGCUGAUACAAUUACAAUUCUGUAUUUGUACCAAACGA